GACUGUACCUACCGUUAUUCGAUUUUAUCGGCCACAAAAUUUAACCUGAAAACUCGAUUGCAGUCAACAAUCAUGCUGCAAGUAUUUUGAACAAAUCAACACAACCAAGAGAUGCAUUUCGGAAACAACCACACAAUGUCAGAAUACGGCACUAGAUAGGGAAAGAAAGAACUUUUUUUGAAAUAGGGUUAACACUGCGGUAUAUAUUUUUUUCUGAUGAACGGGAGGCAGCAGUUUCUUCCUUUGGCUCGGCGCUUGGCAGCCUUCGGCGCCAGUGGCAGGACCGUCAACUCCUAUCCACGCCUUGCUCGACGCCAAAUUCUUGCUGUUUCUGGCGUCGACCGAUCCAUUUCAGUGUCAAGACGGAAARCAGCGACAGAGCCAUCGUUUUUCCGAAAAGAGCAGUGUCGAUAUUACGGGGCCAGAGACGAAAACGACGACGAAAGCCACGAUGCGAUAGAACAGAAAACUGCCUUUUUGAGAGCACUUGAGGGCAAGAAUGAAAAGAGGAAUAGAAAGCGCAGUGGGCAUCGAAAUACUACAACAGUAAAUCGAAAUCCUGGAGAUAUGUCGAAACGAGCUCCCGAAAAUCGAAGACGCAACGGUGACCACAACAAUUAUUAUUCUAGAGCCACCACCUCCAGUGGAUCUUCGAAAAGAUUGACACUGGACGAAUUCUUUUCUGAUUUAGCGAAACAAAGCACAGAAGAAUCAAAUUCAAAAUUUGGAACGAAAAGAAUCUCAAGGACGAGACCCUAUGGGAAGGGCGRACAACAACGCAAAAACAAGCGCAGGCGUGACCAGCAACGGAACAGUAACAACAACAACAACCGUAUGCAGUCGAGGCCAACGAUGCGAGAGGCUCCGGCACCAGGCCUGGGGUCCUUUUUCGACGAGGUCGACGCUCUUAUGGAACGCAAUCAAAAAGAAAAGGAGGAAAUAAAGGAGAAGGGAUGGACGAAGGCAUCUAUGCCAUCAAUAGAAACUCGCCCGUCGAUCGCAGACAUCAUUUCACCUCUUCCACCGAUUUCUCGGGCUAMCGCGAAAGACGGUGGCGCUGCAACCGAUGGCGAAGAUSGAGUAAGYUUUCAUCCUUUUACACAAAGUGGUGACGAAUCGUUUGAUCAAUACAAUGAACUCCUCGAAGARAUAAUGGAAGGCCCUAAGUUUUUGGUACGAUUACAAAAGAAGAAAACGAUUAAUGACGACGACAACAACGAAGAAAGGAAUCGUCAAAUACAACAAAUCGUGGAAUGGCUUCGGUCUGAAGUAUCAGUUAUCGAAACUCGUCUACCAACAUUGUCUAACGCAUUAAAGGGAGAAGAUGAAAUAGUGGAAGCAACACACGCUGAGAAUGGUAUURCCAUUGAUGAAAAGAGAAAUGGAAUAACAAAUGCUACGAUAGCAGACGUGAGUGCAGAUCGUAGUGCACGCUUUCGCGAAGAAUUAAGCGAUCAAAAAGAACGGUUUACAACGGAAAUGGGUUGGACAAAAGGACAAUAUGACGUCGCCUCCGGAGCAUUGGUUGCGCUGGGGGGUCUCUGCGCAAAACGGUGCAUGGCUUCACCCCUCGACGUUGCCUGGUCUAAAUUGAAAGAAAUGGGGUAUCCGAUGAGGAAUAAGGAUGUUCUUCACAAUUAUUUAUACGUUUCGUCUACAUUUUCUUUGCCGAAAAGAAGAAAUAUCUCGACAAAUAACAAGGCAACACCAAAUUUGGGAUGGUUUGUUGGUGAGGAGAGAAUCGAAAAUGAUUAUCUGAGCGAGAGCGGUGAAGAUGGAUCGUCACUAUCUGCCUUGGAUUUGCUAAAUGGAACAUCGACUUUGCCUUCCAAUGUGGAUGGCGAUGAAGAGGAGAUUGAAGAAGACGGAAUCGAUGUUUCGGCGGAAGUGGCUCUGUGCCACGAUUUUUUCCAUGAACCGACCGAACAAAGCAUAGGUAAGUACAUCAUUUYACGGGUUCAUUUGUGGAAACAUUUGUUCUCGUAAUGUCCUGGUUGGCUGGUGCGAAAUCAGUCUCAAAUUUUUUUUCUUCGAUGACCGACAGGUAUWCACGUACGGAGGCUUGUCCAUUUGGGAAAAGCAAACGAAGCAGAGAGACUCCUGGAAGCAACUAUGGUAAGUUUGACACUAGAGUUGCAAGUUCAUCGUUCCGAACUUUCAAUCUUUAUCUUCCCCAUUCAGCAAUAAAUUAAACAGAAUCUUCCYCUAUCRUACUUUCUCAUUGUCGUGUGAAAUGGUCCACAUGGAUCGUUGUCUGAUUUGACAGAAAAGUGACGAUCUCCGCCUACGUACGUAUGCCCCGAUUUAUCAAUCAUAUUUGGAUCAAGGAGAUAUAKCUUCGGCAUUCAAAUUGUUUGUCAAAAUGAGCGAUGCUGAGAAUGUACUGUUGCAAACAGAAACUUACGUUCAACUUAUUGCAGGCAUCGCAGAAAAUGGAUAUUUUCGGUACGUGUUAUCGAGUAGAAAAUUGAGAUCUGUGGUGUCACAARUGUAUUGAAUCUCACACWAUACUUUUUUACUUAAAAUCCUCACGAAAAGAUUGGGUGCAGAAGAAAUCAGUGAUAUCGAAAACCUGCAUUACUCGGUAAAGUCUGGGCCAGAAUUGUUCAAUGAGUUGGCAUCGGAACUCGCAGAACACUCCGUCGAAAUUACAUCUGCRUCGACCAAGCGAUUGUACAACGCAUUUCAACGUGGUUUCAAAGGCCAUGAUUCAAGAACAAAUCUAAAGCAGCUUCAUCUACUUGAGUCUCUUCGAGUAGAAAACGAUCUUGCGAAACCAGAUGAGCUAAUUGCGAGUCGUGUUAGAAUCGACGAAACCACUGGAAAAUGUGCUAGGAGCGGAUCUCAAUUGAGACUGAUCAAUCUAGAUUCUGCCCAAAAGAAGAAAUUUCGAGACGGUCUGCUUUACCUUGUAUCUUCGUCRUACCAAGAACGCCAUCGCAAUGCAAGAAAAGUAGAUGUGGCAGAAAAGUUAAAAAGAUUCGGAGAUUGGCUGCAAAAAAAGGAUGGCAAGUCAUUCACUGCAAUUAUUGACGGCCCAAACAUAGCUUAUUACAUGCAAAACUUUCAACAAGGGACCUUCAAUUACCAUCAGAUCAAGUUUGUGGCAGAUGCACUAGAAAAUAUGGGGGAAAAAAUUUUGGUUGUCUUGCCAAAGAAAUACACCUACGAUUCGUUCACGAUACAAGUAGGCGGUCGAACAGUKAAACAAACGCUAUCACUCGAGGAAAAACAGAUCCGAGACGAUCUCUUGUCUAAGGGAAAGGCUUGUGUGGUUCCUGUUGGAAGCCUAGACGACUACUAUUGGAUGUUCGCAAGUGUUUCGAUGGACGAAGAAUUCGUGCCACCCAACAACGCAGAAGGAAGAUGGCCCGGCAACCGCCCGAUGCUCAUUUCCAACGACAAACUUCGAGAUCACAAAAUGUCGUUGCUUGAGCCACGUCUCUUUCGGAGAUGGUAUAGCAACUUUCUUGUUAACUUYACAUUCUCUGCCUUUGUUAAUGACGAAUGCACUGAYAGGGAAAUUGGAUUUAGGACUGCCGAUUUUUAUAGUCGUGAAAUUCAAGGAAAUUCAGAUGAAAAUGGCACCACUUGGCAUUUUCCUGUCACAGAUUGGGAUGAAAACGAAAGCAUGUGCAUACGUAUACCUACAAAGAAAGGUGCAGCUGAAUAUUAAAACGAGKCUAAUAAAUUCCAUAUUUAUUU